GGUUACAAGUUCGGCGGGUCGCUUGUGAUAUACCCGCGUCUUGUCCGCCGCCCGUCAUACAGUGAAACAUCAUGGCGGCGCGCGCAUGCGCAGUUCUGCUCCUUGCGAUCGCAACCGUCUCUGCGCGGGAGUGUAUCGAACUGACACUUCCAGACAAAAGUUUAUUAAGCGACUCGAUUUUAAACGGGACUAUAUUGAAAUUAGCCGCGCAGAAUGAAAGUUUCGAUGAAAGUGGACGUUUUAAUGUUGUGGAAAUUUGGGAGCGGUUCCCUAAGGUUGUGGUGCCCAGGAAUGGGACGAGCGAGCAGUGCCGGCGGGACAGCCAGCUGUACCUGGACAGCCUGGCCCGGCUGGAGCUGUGGGCCAUGAAAAUGUUUGACGCCACAGCGAAACCCCCAUCAGGUAUACUGAGCGGGAACGGGAACCAAUACGGCGACUUCGACGAAUGCCUCAGCAUCGAUGGCGCUGUGCGAGGGAAGUACUGCCUGGCAUCAUUAGAGAUGAGCUUCAGUGGAGACGAAACUCUUGACGAGAUCGACACUUUAGUACACAGCGGACACUACAUUCGGAGUAACAUUACUGAUAUGGGUCACCGAGUGCCUCGCUACUCUAGCCUGCUGUGGGGCGUCUGUAUCCCCAGCUCUUGCAGCAGCUUCGACCUGGAAGAGGAACUGUCCCAGAGACUGUCAGGUCUAGGAAUUUCGGUCAGGGUUCACAACACCAUGUGCUCAGUCAAAGACUUCAAGCGACCAUACUCUUUUGGAAAAACUCUUUCCAUCACAUUCUUUUUAGCAAUACUCUUACUUCUGAGUCUAGGAACCAUACUAGACGAUGGUAAAGAAGGAGUGACCAACUUCGAGAAGCUUCUGAACGCGUUUUCCUUGAAGAGGAAUCUGAGGAAAGUCUUCGAUCUGUCAGACUCUGCGUCCAAAGUGAAGGGCGUGGAUGCCUACAGAGGGAUGAAUGCGUUCGCCUUACUCAUUGCCCAUAAGUCCAUGGCGAUGGCACACAGUCCCUACGUGAAUAAAGUCAGCUUUUCUGCUGUUUUCGGCAUGCCGUGGGCAGUAGUGGGGCGUUCAGCGAUCCUGUACACCGACAGCUUCCUGUACCUCAGCGGGUUCCUCAACGCCCACAACCUGCUCCAGGACCUCGAGAAGAAAGGCACCAUCAACCUGAAGGACCGCCUCGUCGCCAGAUGGUUUAGGCUAUUCCCCCUGUUCGUCAGUCUGAUGUUGUUCUGCACAUACAUCCUGCCUGACCUGAACAAUGGCCCGCAGUGGAACCUGGUCGUGGAGGAGCACAGCAGAGUCUGUGAGAAGAACAUGUGGAAGAGCUUCCUGUUCAUACAUAACUACUUCGGGUUUGAAGACAUGUGCCUCACCCAUACUCACCAGAUCGGCAUGGACAUGCAGCUUUACGUCGCCACCUUACCCCUGAUGGUCGUCAUCUGGAAGUACCGCACCCUGGGCUGGUCCCUCCUCGCUGGUAUAGCGGUAGCCUCUACAGCCCUCCGGUACCUCGCCAUCUACUGGUACGACAUCAGCAUGUUCGUGUAUUACGGGAUCUCAGUACAGAAGCUAAUGGACGCGGCGCGGUACUCCUACAUCCUGCCGACGCAUAGAGCCACUAUAUACCUGAUAGGGGUCGUGAUGGCGUACCUACUCAAGUCUAAGAAACUGAACUUUAGUCUUACAACUACACAAUCAAGGCUGCUCUGGGCGUUCUGCUUCACUUUAAUGGGGGCGACUAUCGCAACUCCUUACCAAUGGGGUCUGGAAGGUUACAAGUACGAGCAUUACCCCGCCGCCAUGUUCGCUGCCUUCUCACCUAUUUUAUGGGGGAUCUUCAUGUGUGUGUCCCACUGGGCGAUCGUUAAUGACUAUGCUGGCAUAGGCACCUCGUUCGUGGAGUCCCGCGUGUUCAAGUUCUUCAACAAGAUCGCAUACAGCGUGUACCUCACGCAGUUCCCCAUCUUCUUCUAUAACGUGGGAGUACAGCGGCAUGCGGACUACUACUCGCCGCUGCUACUUCUUCACGUCCCAGAAAUGGUAACAGUGACAGUGAUAUCAAUACUGGCGACAGUCGCCAUUGAGAUGCCCUUCAACCAAGUGUAUAGGAUAUAUUUCGGACAAUCACAGACGAAAUUAAAAGAUAAGUGAGUAAGAAACAAAGACUAAUAUUCUGUGCUAUAGUUACGUAUAAAUAUUUAGUUUUAGUCGGACAUCACGAAUUAGUUUGUAAUAAUUGACUAUUUUUGUACUGUUAAUAUUAAUAUUAUGAUUAAGAGAAUGUAUGACAUAAGUUAUUAAAGAUAAAAAUAAAACCAAUGCGUAUAAAUAAAA